AUGAUUAAAGAUAAUACUAAUAAUAAUAACACAGAAAAUCAAUGUACUUGCCAUCAUCAUCACAAUAAUCAUGAUGAUAACGAUAGUAUUGCUUCAACUAAUAACAAUGAUUUUUUCAACAAUAAUGAUUUAAAUUCAAAUUUUGAUAAAUACGUUGAAAAUUUCGAUAAAUUGUUAUCUAAUAUUGGUAUUAUUACAAAUUCAAUUUUUGAUAUAUCAAAAGAAACUAGUAAAGAAUUGAAUGAAAAAUAUAAACAAUUUUCAAAGAAUUAUUUCACUAAUAAUGAUGAUGAUCAAUAUAAUAAUAACAAUUUUGAUAAUUAUAAAUAUAAUUAUCCAUCAUUUUAUCGAUCUACUUUUGAUGUUUUACAAAAUUUUUCACCUCAAGAUGGUCUUAAAUUAUUAAACUAUUAUAAUCAUAAAUCUCCAACAAUUACACAAUAUCAUAAAUGUUUAGAUUCUAACGGUAUUUCAAUUUGGGAUGAAUUUGGAUUUUGGAGAUGUUUAUUUCCACAAUCAAAUUUAAAUAAUGAUUUAUUAAAUUUUAAAAACCAAUAUUUUAAAGAUAAAAUUUUAACAAAAGAAGAUUUUUUAAAUAAAGUUAAACAACUUGAAAUAAAUGAAAAUGAUAAAAUUAUUGAUUUAGAAAAACUGGGAAAAUGGUUUAAAAGUUUUGAUGAAUUUUUGAAAUUUAAACAUGAUAAAUUUUCAAAAGAAUUAGUUGCAAAACAACGAAAGAGAAAUGAACAAGAGCAAAUACAAAAUACUAAUAAUAAAAAUACUACUACUACUACUACUACUAAUAAUAAUAAUAAUAAUAAUACAAGUAGUAAGAAUAAUACUGAAGUAGUUUCAACUUCAAUUCAAUCAAAUAUGUUUACAGAUUUAGAUAAUAAAGAAAUAAAAUUAAUUGAAAGUAAAAAAGAAUGUUUUAGUAAUGGAGAUUGUAAUAUAAUAAAGAUGAUAAAAUCAAAACCAAUUGGAUCAAAAGAUUGGAUAAAUAUAGAAGAAUGUAGAGAAACACUAACCAACCACUCAUCAUCAUCACCAUCAUCUUUUUUGGACAAUAAUGAUAAUGAUAGUAAUAGUAAUAGUAAUAGUAAUAGUAAUAAAGGUUGGUUUUGGAAUAAGUAA